AUGGGGAGGCAGCCGCGCGUCGAGGGGAUGGGCGAGGCGCUCAUCCCCGCCAUCAACAAGCUCCAGGAUGUGUUCAACCAGGCGAGCGUCAACCUGCAGCUGGACCUCCCGCAGGUCGUCGUCAUCGGGUCGCAGUCCAGCGGGAAGAGCUCCGUCCUCGAGGCGCUCGUCGGCCGGGACUUCCUGCCCCGCGGCCCGGACAUUUGCACGCGCCGCCCGCUCGUGCUGCAGCUCGUCAAAACGUCGCCGUCAGAGGGCGGUCCGGAGGGCACGGAGUGGGGGGAGUUCCUUCACUGCCCCGGGAGGCGUUUUUUCGACUUUAAGGAGAUCCGCCGCGAAAUCGAGGCGGAGACCGACCGCGUCGCCGGCAGCUCCAAAGCCAUCUCUGACAAGCCCAUUCGGCUCAAGAUCUGUUCGCCGGAGGUCCUCACGCUCACGCUCGUCGACCUCCCGGGCAUCACGCGCAUCCCCGUCGGCGACCAGCCCUCGGACAUCGAGGCGCAGGUCCGCGCGAUGAUUGCGUCGUACGUGCGGCACCCCACGUGCCUCAUCCUGGCGGUCUCCGCGGCGAACGCGGACCUCUCGAACUCGGACGCGCUCGACGUCGCGCGCGCGGCCGACCCGGGCGGCGUCCGCACCAUCGGCGUCCUGACUAAGGUCGACCUCAUGGACCGGGGGACUGACGCGGCGGCGGCGCUGCGCAACGAGGUGGUCCCGCUCAAGCUCGGGUACAUCGCGGUCGUGAACCGCUCGCAGCACGACGUGCAGAGCGGCACGCCGAUCUCGCGGGCGCGGUCGGCGGAGUCGGGGUUCUUCCGGGGGCAGGCGGCGUACGCGGGGCUGCUGGACCGCUGCGGGACCGCGGCGCUCGGGCUGCGGAUCAACGCGAUCCUCGUGCACCACAUCCACGCGCUGAUGCCGCAGCUGAAGCAGCAGCUCGAGGCGGCGCUGGCGGAGCGCGUGCGCGAGCUGACGUCGCUGGGCGACGCGCUGACGGAGGGCGACUCCCCCGCCGCGCAGCAGGGGCUGCUGCUCAAGGUGCUCCAGGGGUACAGCGAGCGGUUCGCGAGCAUGCUCGACGGGCGCUCCGAGGACCUCCCGACGUCGGAGCUCGCCGGCGGCGCGCGCAUCCGGCACGUGUUCGAGAAGACCCUGCGUCAGGAGCUGGAGGCCUUGGACCCCCUGUCUGACCUGUCAGACGAGGACAUCCGCACCGCCGUGGCCAACUCCGGGGGCGUCAAAGGCACGCUGAUGAUCCCGACGGCCCCGUUCGAGAUCCUCGCGCGCGCCGCCAUCCGCCGCCUCCUCCCCGCCGCCCUCCGCUGCAACCACGUCGUCCACGAGGAGCUCCUCCGCAUCGCCGCCGCCAGCCAGGGCCCGGAGGUGGCGCGCUUCCCCGCGCUGCAGCGCCGGCUCGACGGCGCGGUCACGGAGCUCAUCGCGCUCGGCGCGGGGCCGUCCGAGCGCAUGAUCCGCAACCUGAUGGAGUGCGAGCUCGCGCACAUCAACACAUCCCACCCUGACUUCGUGGGGGGGUCUCAGGCGGUGGCGCUCGUCAUGCAGCGCCGCCGGGCCGUCGGGCCGCGGUCGCACCCGCUCGGGAGCGCGCCGGCGGACUGGGACGCCCCGCGCGGCCGCGGUCCCGCGGACGGCGGCGCCGCCGCGCAGGGGGGGGGUGUUGAGCAGCCCGACGCAGGGCGGCGCGUGUUCGGGCUGCUCGGGCCCCGCGAGCCGCGGCCCGCGGCGGCGAAGGACGGCGCGGACGACGCGCCGCGCUCCGCAGGGUUCGGCGCGGUCCUGCGCAACCACAACGGCGGCCACACCCCUGGGGGGACUCCCGGCACGGCGCCGCACGACGAGCGCGCCGAGGCGAGUCCGGCGCCGGCGCGGGCGCUGGAGACGGAGGGGGACUGCGCGGUCGAGGUCACGCGGAUCCUCGUGUCGUCCUACUUCGAGAUCGUGCGGGGGAGUUUUGCUGACUCAGUGCCCAAGGCCAUCAUGUGCUUCCUGGUCAACAAGAGCGUCAAGGAGCUGCACCACCACCUCAUCGCGUCGCUGUACCGCGAGGAGCUGCUCCCGGGCCUGCUCGCGGAGCGCGACGACGUCGUCGGGCGCCGGCAGCAGUGCUCGGCGGCGGUGGCGGCGCUGCGGGAGGCGGUGCGGAUCCUGGAGCGCGUGCCGCGGGAGCUGCAGAAGACGAUGUCGGUGUCGCAGUCGAUCAGCAUGACGAGCGGGUCGCUGUCUGCGGCCGCGAAGCCGCGGCGGCCUGCGUCGUCGGCGGCGACGAGGAUGGUGCGAGGGGGGGGUAUUGAAGACGCGCCGCUGGUGGCGAUGCAGGCGCGCGCCGCCGCGUCGCGGCGGUGA